CAGUACAGGAGGGGAUGAGCCUCUGUGGAGUGGAAUGCAUCCCAACAGGCCGACACAUGUCUUACCUGCAGUCAUGUCAGCAGAUAACAAACCUCCACCAGCCUCUCACCGCUGUCUGACCAAACCACAGAGCUGCUGAGGGGAGAUGAGAGGAUACAGAGGCAUCAAGUACACUUUAUUCAUCUGCUGCUACGUCUUCUGGGUCGUGAGCGCCGUCCUCAUAGCAGUGGGGAUCUACGCCAAGAUCGCCAAGGAGAAAGAUGUUGUCGACACCCUGACAGUCGAUCCAGCUCUGCUGUUGAUCGUCGUCGGCUCGGUGAUGUUCCUCAUCACGUUCCUUGGAUGUUUCGGGGCACUGCGUAACGCCACCUGCCUACUGAAGAUGUUUCUGGGGAUCCUGGUCGCCGUCCUGCUGCUGCAGAUCGCUGCCGGAGUCGUGGGAUAUCUCUUCACAGACAUGGUAAUGGAAAGGACGGAGAGGCUGAUGAUGAAGGCCAUCGUUCGAUACAGGGAGGACCAGGACCUGGAGAACGCCAUCGACUUCAUCCAGAAGAAGUUUCAGUGCUGUGGAGUGGAGAGCUAUAAGGACUGGUCCCAUAACGUCUACUUUGAGUGUUCAGACACCAACCCCAGUCUGGAGGCCUGUGGAGUUCCCUUCUCUUGCUGCAUUCACCAGCAGAACCAGACGGUGCUGAACACCAUGUGUGGUUAUGGGAUGCAGCAGUUGGAGGAGCGUUCAGCCGGUCAGGAUGUCUUCACCAUUGGCUGUCUGGAGAAAAUCGUGUGGUGGGCCAAAAACAACCUGCUGCUAGUGGCCGGUCUGACCGCCGGGCUGCUGCUGCUCGAGGUCUGUAUGAUCUGUCUGGCUGCUGCUCAGAUCUCCAGAAUAAAGAAAGUCCAACAACAACAGAAAGAAAACGCAGCGAGAAGCAAGUCGGAGAGAAAGGACAGCUACUGGUAUCCUGCUUUUGCAGACUUUGACGACGAAUAAAAUCCAACUUCUGAGAGAUGUGGGGACUGAGAAGAUCUGAAUGUUGAUGAAAUGCAGCUAGACAUGCUCUGUGAAAUAACUACCUCAUGUGAAAUGCUCCUUACAUCACAUUUCUUUUAAAAUAAGUGAUUCGUAAAGAAAGUCUGUUUUGUUAUCAUUGGCACUGAACAAUCCAUUAACUGGACAUAACACCUGGUUGGUUAUGAAAUGUUUAGCAUUUGUAAUUCAUCACACUGCUGUUAAUCAAAAUUGAGCCACAUUACGUGAAAAGAUAUAUUUUUAUAUUAUGAAAAGCUGUUACUUGUAGAUUAAUUGAAACUGAAAGUGUUUUCCUCGUACGACAGAUAUUUACAAUGUGAAUUUCUUAUACUGAACAUGUGCAUUAAUGCUGAUGAGAAUAAAGCUUCAUAUAGUUAUUCCUGA